AUGGCCAUGGAUCAUGACUUCCCCAGGGACGUGAUGGCGGAGAUCCUGCUGCGUCUCCCGCCGAGCUCCAGGCGCCGGGCACGCCUAGUCUGCCGGCUCUGGCGCGACGUGGUAAACGAGCGCACCACGGAGGCGCAGAGCCGUCCCAAGCUCCUCCUCUGGAGGGCCGACAAGGCCAUCGCCUAUGUCUCCAGCGACCUGUCGUCGCCGUCGCCGACAGGGAGCUGCACCGAGCUGUGGAGGUACUCCGAGCCUGGGCCCCCCCUCUACGCUCUGCAGCUGGUCGGCACUUGCAACGGGCUGCUCUGCCUGUGCGACAACACCAAGGGUGUGGGCGGCACCAUCACCCUGCUCAACCCAGCCACCGGCGAGGAGCUUCCAGUCCGGCCGCUCCCGUGCGCAGAAUCGUUCAUCAUCGGGACCCAUCGCUCGAUCGGGUGGGGCUACGCGUACCACCCGACCACGGGGCAGUACAAGGUCGUGCACGUCCCGUCCAGCCACGACCGGGUCUGUGAGUUCAACGCCGUUCAUGUGCUCACGCUGGGGGAGCCCACGUGGCGGGAGGUGCCGGUCGACCCUGGCGACGUGAUUACCAGGCUUGCCGCUGGUAUCGUAAGCGUCGAUGGCAUGACAUACUGGGUUAGGGUCACCGGUGGUGGCGCGGCAAAGAUCAUGUCAUUUGACCUCAACGACGAGCGUGUCGUCUCCACCACCAUACCGUUGCCAGUCCGACGUGAUCACUACCGCCUGGCGGAGGUGCAUGGAAGGCUGGGAUUUAUCGCCGGGCCUAAUGUAUGGGUUCUGGAGGAAGGACAACGGUGGAGCCACCGGUACAACUUUAAGCAAGAUAUCCCACGACGGCACUUUGUGUAG